AAAGCUUGCUUCUGCGUAUGCUGGCUGACUGAGGACAUCAUUAGGGGACUUCAGGGGAUCUCGUCUUAUCUGUAGUUUAGUACAGGAAAAAGAUAUAACUUAAUUUUAAACGUAAAAAUGACGGAAGAGGAUAACUGGGAUUUGGAAGAAGACGCCGCGAUAGCGAAUCUCUUCCAUCACUUGAAUAUCCACAAACAACAUAUUGGGAAAUCAGAUCGUAAUUCUGAAGUACGACCAUCAAAUGAAAGAGUGGACUUUGUUGCAUUGCCCUGUGGUCAUCGAAUGCCGACAGACUAUGUUGUUGCUUGGUUCAAGUGUUAUCUUAAACAGAAAAAGACUGAAUGUUCCUGCCCUCGUUUUAAUGAGGUUCAGGGGAAAUCCUGCGGUCUGAAGCUCUCUUAUCAGGGCCUCUGUCAGCUGAUACCACUGACAGACGAACAACGGGAAUUCUUAGAGGAGAACCUCGCUGCUCUUGUUGCUAGAAGGCUGUUUGACUUUAAAGCUUGUCCAGGAUGUCAGUCUCAUGUGGAAAGACGAGAUCGAGGCAACCUGUGUGUACACUGCACUAUCUGCACGGACAACCUGAAACGGACUUACUACUUCUGCUGGAACUGCUGCAGGGAAUGGAAAGGGCCGGCCAAUAAUUCUGUGCGGUGUGACAAUAAUGGCUGUGGACAGAGAGUGAGAACUUCAGAUCCUCUUAUACCAUGCAAACCUGAGUUUAAAAUGAAAAUGCUUAGAGACAAGGGAGAUAAUAUAUACCCGGUAAAAGACAAAUCCCAUGACAGAAAACGUUUGGCACUGCUUAUCAACAAUGUAGAAUUUAAAAGCUUAGAUGACAGGACUGGAGCAGACAAGGAUGAACUGAGUAUGGAAGUGCUGCUUAAAGGCCUGGGUUACACUGUGAUCACACUCAGGGACCUCAGUGCACAGGGUAUGCUUGCUGCCAUACGAGACUUCGCCCAGCGAGAGGAACACACUGAAUCGGACAGCUGCUUUAUGGUGUUGAUGUCCCAUGGAGAUGCCAGUGGAAUCUGUGGGGUUUUUGACUCUUAUGACAACGAAGAUGAAGAGGACAUUUUUCCAACAGAUGACAUUUUUAAUUGCUGGAACACUCCGAACUGUGCUGGAUUGCGGGACAAGCCAAAAAUCAUACUUAUCCAGGCGUGUAGGGGUGAUAAAGAAGGCAGUGUGGAUGUCCAGGACGCUGUGUCAAGACGCAACAGAGGAAAAGAGCACCGUGAAAAAGACUUCUGCUGCCUGAGAUCCUGUACUCCAGAUACUGUAUCCUACAGAAACAAAGGGAAUGGCUCACAUUUCAUCCAAGACAUUGUGGAAAUAUUUAAUCAGCAUGCCCACCAGGACGACAUCGAGGAACUCUUCAGAAAGGUCCUUGAGAAGUUUAAGAUGACACAUCCAGAUCAAAUGCCAUGCAAAGAAAGAACAACAUUAUCUAAGAGAUUCUACCUCUUCCCUGGGCUGUAAGACACAACUUCUGACAUCCUUAUUUUAGAAACAUGAUUUAUGCAUCUUUUUAUUGUCGUCUCAGGAGUUCAUAUUUGAAGAAAACAAGAAUGUAUUGACAUUUUAAUGAGUUUGUGUGUUCGUAUAAUCCUUGAUUAUGAAAGUAAACAGAUUUAGCUUGUUGUCAUCUUGAAACUUGACUUGAGCACCCCCCACUAAUCCAGAAUACUUUACAAAUAAUGUUAAAAAUAAUUGAUUGAAGGACUGAUAAAAUUAUAUUAACUAGCUCUAUAAAUGUACACUUAAGAACAUUUCUCCAUGUUAAAACUGUACUAUUUUCCUACGAUUUAUUUGAAAACAGAGGACAACAGAUUUGAAAUAUUAUG